AUGCUUGUUCUUCUUCUUAUUACCCUUGCUUUUGCAUGGAGACCUAAUCCAUCAUAUGGGUUAACUAAUUUUAAAGAUAUGAUUACAACAUGGUGUGCAAAUGUUGAUAGUGCUAAUUUUAAAGGAAGUAGACCAGCUGGUCUUUGUCAACUACGAUGGAAUGGGAAUGGUUAUACCCAAAACCUUAUUCAAGGUGAUGGGUUUGCAUUUCAAGUUAAUGGAAAGAAGUUUUCAAACCCAUUCCAAUUUGUUGGAUCAAAUAGUAUUGAAUAUCCAGGAGAAUAUUUAUUUAAUAUUAAAUACUAUGCUUUAAAUUCUCUUCAAAUUGAUGCAUCUAUAACUAAAAGAUAUAUGGUAGUUCCAAAUAAACAUAUAGUUCUUGAAAAAUAUGACAUAACUAAUACUGGUAAUUCUCCAUUAAAUUUUAACUUAUUUGAUUAUGUUAAUUCUUCAAGUGUUGAAAAUAAUGUUAUUGGAGGAUCAAUUGCAUCAACUAAAGCAUUAUACUUUGACUAUAAAAAUGAUUAUACUAAUUAUCAAAAUACUGUAGUUGUUUUUGGACUUGUAGACACAGACACAAUUUCUUUUGGUGAUUCUACAGGAUAUACUCCAGUAGAUUAUUUCAAUACUAACGGAAGACUUGAUGGUGUCUCUUCAAAAACAUCUCCAUCAAUGAUUGGAGCUCUUCAAAAAGAGGUUAUUAUUAAUGCAGGUAGUACAGUUUCAAUUCUUGCAUAUAGAGCACUUGCUAAUAGUAUUUCUGAAGCAGAGGAAAUAUCAAAAGAAAUUAUUAAUAACUCAUGGGAAUCAUACUAUCAAGAAUUAAAGUCAUAUUCUGAUGAGAAGUUCUCUCACUACAAAUUACCAUCUUUUAAAAAUGAAGCUGAAAGAAAAAUGUGGUAUUCUAGUGUAUUUACUCUUCUUUAUUCUCAAAACCCAACUCUUGGAACUCUUGUUGCAUCAUAUCAUCCAUUAUAUUAUUAUAAAGUUUGGUCUAGAGAUGCAGUUUUUGCUUCAAUUAUUAUGAUGGCUCUUGGAGAAACUGAAGGUGCAGAAAAAUUCCUUAAAUGGUUAUCUACUUCUGAAUUAAGAGAUGGAGGAUUUUUCCCAACCAACUAUGAUUGGUAUACUGGUAAAAUAUGUGAUUUUGUUGAGCCACAAUAUGAUUCAGUUGGAGUUGCUUUAACAGCUUAUUAUUAUUACUAUACUCAAACUAAAAAAACUGAUCUUUUACUAAGUGAUUCAGUUAAAACAAGAAUUAGAACUCUUGAAGAUUUCUUAAUGCAAAGAGAUUAUCAUAAUUUAAUCAAACCUGAUUAUUCUAUUUGGGAAGAAAGCAGUGAUGGUUGGACUGGAAAUUCAUUACCUACACAAUAUUAUGCAUUUACUCAAAUUCAAGGACACCAUGGAUUGUUAUGUGCUGCUAUGAUCGAAAAAGAUAUUUAUAAAGAUCUUAAUAGAGCAGAUGACUUAAUAAAUAGAGCAGAAGAAAUUAGUAAAUCAUUUGAUCAAUACUUCUGGAAUGAAGAAGGUCAAUAUUAUGUACAAGCCAUUUGGUCUGAUAGCAAAGAACAAAAAGUAGUAAUUGAUGCAUCUACUGCAACUAUGUUGUUCAGUGAUAUUGUGGUUAAUCAAGAACGAAUUAAAAAACACUUAAAUAAGAUUAGAAGUGAUUUGACUAAAUUAUCAUAUGGUAUCUCACGUUAUUAUAAUGACCCUUAUUUCUUUAAGUCUAAAUUUAAUCCAGCUGGUAAAGAAGUUGGUGAAGCUAGUCCACCAUGGGGUGUAACCACUAUGUUUAUGAGUUGGGCUGAGAUGUUAGCUGAUGAGAUUGAUGGACACAAAUCUUUAACAGCUAAUAGAAUCCAAUGGAUGAUUGAUCACACUGGACCAGAUUUUAUUCCUUGUGGUGAAGCUGUUGAUGGAAUAAGUGGAGACCCUGUUAUGGCAUCAAUGCCUGAUGUAUAUGAACAUGCUGGUGUAUACAUUAUGACCGUAUUACAAUAUCAAAACCUCGUUCCACUUUUCAAUUAUAAAAAAUGGUAA